AUGAAACUCGCAGUCACAGUAUUGGCAUCAAUCCUGCUUGCUUGCUCAGUCACUACAGCCAAACCAGUCAAUCCCAGUGCAACUACAAGUGCAACUACAAGUGCUGAAGCUAGUACUUCAACCGUCACUCCCACUGCAACUACAAGUACUAAAUCUGAGUAUCGGGUGCUUUCUUAUGAAGGAUCUGAAUUUUCACUUGAUCUUAGUAAAUUUUCAGAGGAUGAUAUGGGGCUGAUCCAAGAAUACCUACAAGCGGAUCAAGAAUAUGAAGAGAUAAAGAAAGCGCGUGACUCGGCCAAAUCUGAAGAGUUCAAUCAAAAAGAAUUGUUAAAACGCGUGCUUGGAGAGAGUUACGAGCUGUCACUAAAAUAUCCGAACAGGGGUGAUCCAGUGUAUCAAGAAAAAAGAGAAAUAAUUAAUCAGAAGGUUGAUGAAGAGGACGAAAAAUUCUUCAGCCUUCAAGAAAAGCUUCUGGAACUCGAUGAGGAUCUUUAUUGCGCUGGUGUGCUGCUUCAUUUAGCCAGAGAAAACCUUGCAGAUCUCCUGUUCAAAAAUAAUCCAAGUACAGCAUCACUGGAUUCAUACAGGAGAUAUCUAAAAUCAAAUCGCAAUUUUGUUAAAAAUAUCUAUCAAUCUCUUAUUCUCCGACUAAGCCAACAGUCGGGAUCCGAGCAACCAUCUACUAGUGGAACCCAGAACAAAUCAAAACAUCAUAAAAGUCCAUCAUCAUCAAGCAAAACGUCUACAGUUCAACCCACUCAAACAUCAUCCAGUACACAGGCAACUUCGUCCAGCACACAAAAGACUUCCAGAUCUUCCAGAUCCCAUUCUCGUUCUCGUUCACGAAAAACUUCCAGAUCUCAUUCUCGUUCACGGAAAGCUUAUUCCAAAAUGAAAAAUAACCUUGGAUCAGGCUGGAAUCAACUUGAAAAUGAAGAUUCAGAUUCAGAUUGA